GCCGUGAAACUUCGUAGCGGAUCUCGCUGUCGCGACACAUUGGGUCUUUCCAUCAUCGAUGACGACGACGAUGAGGACGAUGGAAGCAUGUAUCGUUUCUAUGAACAAAGUCCUCGAAUGCUCUUUGACUCACGUUAUUGCGAUAGAAUGUAUCGAUGAACGAUUGAUGCGCGUAAACGGCGAAUCGAACAAGCGUUUCGUCGUUUGCUAGGGAAUGUUGGACAAUAUUUGACGGAAAGCUGACAGAGUUUGUGUUCGAAGGAAAUUGAUGGAAAAUUGAAGGGUUCAAUGCAAGAAAUCGUAAAAUCAUAAUUUUUGUAAGAUUUGCUCUCAAUUUUGCAGGUAAACCGUACAAAUUAUGGAUUUGUCUCACUCGUACAAUGAAUUUUUCGAAUAGCACUCAAAGGGAACCAAUGCAUGAUCUUUUGCCGUUAAAGUAAGAUCGACCGAUGACACGAAUAAUAAAUACCAAGAGAUUAGUUUUGCUAGAUAAGUCCAUCAGUAGCUUGCGCGGAACAUUAGACUCAUGCACGUUUAUCUUCUCGGACUAAAAGUGAGAUACGCUUUAACUCAUUGUCAGUGAAACGAAAGCAGAUGUAAAUAAAAGCUGAAUUGUUCAUAACCUGAAAAUUUUUUACUUUAUUUUCUUGUUACUGAAAUACGAGCCAAAAAUAUAAAAUUUGCAAAAGUGUUUUCCAGCGAUUGAACAUUUUCUAUGUUAAAUAAUUGACGAUUUAUUACAUAUUUCUGUACGUAUACUAUGUAGUCUGUUAGAAUUCUACCGUAUUCCGUAUUAAAACUGGCAAAGUAAAUAUAUUGAGGCACAGUUAAACUCGCUAAAUGUAAUAUAAUAUUUGACUCGACUCUGGCUUUGUUAAUAACGAUGCCGUUUUAAAAAUACAGUGGCUACGUGUGCAUGUAUGUGUGUGUGCGCGCGCGAUACAUAUUUUUAAUAAAAUUUCUACGAAGGCCCUUUUUAUUUUAUAUUAUGCGAUUAUUGAUUAAAAAUACUGCGAGAAAGAGGAGCCAAUAGAAAACGUGCCAUCAAAAAGACUCGUAAAAUAAUUUAGAAUUUUCCACUUUGUCCUCUUGUUAAAUUUUACAAGUUCCGCCCUGUGUAAAUAGUGGGAGAGUUAAUUGUACGCUUUUAAUAACCAGGAGCGACAUUAAUAUUAAUACACAGUGUAUCCAUGACAAAUACGAGUAUUAAUUACAGCCUAUAUCGUUAGAAUUAUCGCAUCCUUCCUAAAAAUUACGUACUUUGUGACGUCGCUGCAAUAUAUAUAUAACAGGGUGUCCUACAUCGCGUUAAAUCCCAGAUCCUUCAUUUCGGCUCGUAAUUCUAGAUUCGUUGAUCAGUCUGGUUGCAACAGGAUCAUAGGUUGCAGCAAACGAUGGCCUCGUUUGAGAUAUUUGCCAACGACUCGAAAAAUCUGUCUAAUUUAUAAGUGAAAUUUAAUGCGGCCGAAACUCUCCACACGCGCUUUCGACGAGACGCGCUCGUCUUUUCCCCAAAUAAAUUUUGUUGGUUCUAAACUCACGGUGAAAAAAUACAUGUAUAUGAGAGUGGCUUUUCAACAUAGUUUCGAGGUAGAAGAUACGUCGUGUGAAAUUAACUCCGAGGUCUCACGGCCGUAAUUUCUCCUUUAAACAUCUACCUUGGAAAUAUAAAUCGCGCUUGCAACAUUUAAGUUACGAGGUACAGUAUUAGGGCGUAAUUUUAUUAAACGUUGCGCAUUUACCUAGGCCGCUCCGGUAUCGCGCGAUUAUCUCUUCUCAUUAACGUUAUGCAGCAACGUUAACGGCAACGCGCGAAGUACCGAGACACUUUUAGCGGCAGAAACACCGAUUAGAUGUUUGUACAGAUGGAAUCAAGCGAAUAAUAGCGUAUACUAUAAUACAACAGCGGAUGUGUACAUACGUGUAGAUUAUUUGAGGGUGAUACAACACAAUUCACUCGAUUGCGAAGGUUGUCCUGGAUUUUCACGAACAUGCGUAUGAGCAUAGUUAGUUAAGUUAAUCAAUAAGGUAUAUUUAAUGUACGAUUAAAUCUGUAUAUAGGCAAGUAUCGUGUAAUCGCGCACACGCCCGUAUUCUCAACGUACGUCUUACGCUAAAUAUGUAGUCACGCUCGACGUUCGUCUCAAAUCGUUUGCGUUUCAAGCGGUUUUUUUUCUGCGCUGGACAAACGAAAGCUAGGGUUAGAGACAUGGCAUGAAGUGUACGUCGAGAAUAUGGAUCACGUUCCCUGCGUGACAUAAAUAAACAUUUUUAGACUUGCGUGUCUCUCGCGCGAUUGCCGAGGACAUUGGUCUUUACGCAUUUCGGAGGGACGACAGACGAGAAGGGAAACAUUCUUGGCAACUUGUUACGACGCAGAACGCUCUGGCGAUAAAAUUAAACGAUUCAUAUCUAUACCGAUAAGAUCAAUCCGGGAGCGAAUUUUUCGCUCCUUCUAUUUCGGCCGUUACAGUACCGUUACAGUACCGCCAAGACUCUCGAUAAGUAUUCCGCGGAAACGUGUGUGAUAAGCAACGAUUGAUAAAUGAUUCUCUAAUCAAAUUCGUGUUGCGCUAUCUAAUCGUGCGAUGCUUAUAUUUUAAGAAUCGACUGCGCUUUCGAGCGACGGAGGUGGGAUCCGAGCGUCGAUAAUGUGUUUUUCACCUGCGUACCUGCUUUUCGUAGUCAAUAAUGGUAUCGCGUCGACCGGAGAUAACGGUCAACGUUGUAAACGAGUGUUUGUACGACAAAAAAAAUAGCGGAUUGAACAGACCCGAUCCACUCGAACGAUAGCCGCCGACGUUCGCGAUUAGUAUUUCGACGCAAAUGAUUUCCGCGCGCGUCGACGAUCCGGGCCGCGAUAACGCGUGAUCACUUAUACGUAAUUGCGCCCCCGAUAACACCGGUCUACGAUACCGCUGCAAUUAUUGUUAAAAAAUAAUGGAGAUCGAUCGCGCGGCGCUAAGCACGGUCGAGUAUCCCCCAUGGCCUUUGUGCGCGAGUGUAAUAAUUUCCCGCGAGGAUGAGAGACUCGUGCGCGCGCGAAGAAGAUCGACACACGAUUGUAAAACGAUGUACUUCUACCUGUGGGAACACAAUACAAUUUUGAUUCAUACGUGCGCAAACUCCUUACGUCGCAACCUGACCAUUUCCCUAUGCCUGUAACGUGAAAGAUAUUUUUCGUCUCUUCGGGGAUUGUGUAGUUGGGGCUGAGCGUUUCGUUUCGUUUCGUUUUUAGUUAUCAUCGGAAAUCUUUCGAUCUCAACUGAGAUAAAGCGAUUAUUAAAUUUGACGAUAAAUUGCUUAAUUAUUUUAUCACGCUUAUUUAUUAUUAUUACGUUUUACCGCCGUAAAAACUUAUAAAAUUUCCUUUUACAAAAACUCUGACGUAAAGUAUAAGCCGAAAAAAAGACGGCACCAUGUGUUGCAUGAACAUAAUUCCAAACACAUUUAUCUAAAUUAAAAUUGUGUUACGAUGUAAAGAAUGAUAUUUCCGGUAAAAAAUGUCUGGAGCGAAGCAAGUAUAGAUAAGGGGCUUUCCGAGGAGACAGAAGUUAGAUAAACUUUUUUCUCCCCCAAGCCAAGGUAUGUAUCGGUAUGGCGUAACGCGGACACGUUUUAACGCGGUGACGGCGGUCGACGUUAUCGCGAGGUGCCCCCUCGAACAGCUGCGGCCAUUAAACGAGGUGGUCUCGCGGUAAGCGCGAAUCUAUCGGCUCUCGCGUGCAUAAUAUAUGUAUAAAGGGAGGAUAUUAAAGUAGGCCGCGGUCUGCGGGACGAGCCGCAGCAUGCGCUUGCAUACGGAAAGUAUGCGCGCAUACUGUGCCACGCACCGGGGAGACGGUGGCAGGUGUGUCGGGACAAUGGGAAAAUUCCGUUUGCACAGCUUGUCAGGAAGACGAGACCGUCCACGUGCGCAUCGUCCGGGAAAAUGCCCGUGAGAGGACAGGACAAAGACGGCACCGUCGUAUGGCGUCUAUACGCGCGAGGGGAGAAUGAGAGAGAGAGAGAGAGAGAGAGAAAGAGAGAGCGCCGGAUGACCCAUUUCAGUGACGAGAGCUCGACGUUCUCCGCAAAAUAUGGUGAACUACCGCCGAUACCGCGGUUGCUGUUUCCGCACUUUUUAAAUGUCGCAUAUAAAAUAUCCACCUUAAAAAGAAGAAGAAUAUAAUAGCAUCUCUGAAAAAUCUGUUUCGCAUAAAUAAAGGUCUCAUCAUUACAUCGAACUUGAACUAGCUUAUUCUUUAAUUUUUACGCGAAUCGUCACAUUUUAAUGCGUUUCUUUCUCUCAUUUUUGUUAAUUUAUUUAUCCUCAUAGACGAAUUAACAAAAUUGUAGUAUUAACUGUUGGUUUUCCUAUAAUGCAAAUAAAAAAGAAAAAAGAAAGAAUAUAAUCAAUCGCGCCGAAAAAUCUGUUUCAUAAACAAAGUCCUGCGUUAUAUCGAGUUCCAGCUACUUUUAAUUUUUGUGAAUAGUGACGAUUUUUAAUGUAUUUUCCUUUUUUUUUGUUAAUCCAUUUACCUGUAGACGAAUUAACAAAGUCGUAGUUUUAAAUCAGUUUUAAAUCAGUUCUCAGUUACGCGUAACGCAAACACGAUUCUUUAACUAUAUGCUCGAGUUUUAAAAUAAUCACAUAUGAUGGUGCGAAACGUAACAAUUUUGUUCGCAGACCAAGAUUCGUUAGAUAUCAGAUUGUUUAGAGAUUUCAAGACCGCGGUCGACAUUUGCAUCGACAUCGAGCGCUUAUCAGUUUCGCGAGCCCCGACAGGUGCAUCCUUGAUAAACGAGAGUGAAAGGUAUGAUGGAUGCACACUCUCAUUUGAUAUAUAUAACAGGUCGUCAGAGACGUUGAGUAAACAGUGUAAAAACUCGCGUUUCCACGUGUGUUUCUAAUCUUGAGGGUUGACGUUUUCCGCGAAGCGGCUAUCAUCGCCCACCGUAGUUUUUUUAUCGCACAGUCGAGGUUGGCAUACGAUUAAAAAACGAUUAAACGCGUCUAAUGCAAUUACUCGAUAAUAUAUUUACUUGUUUCACACGUAGGUACUCGGAGAUUUAACACCCUGAUUUGCACCUAUAAUUUUCUAUCUCAUUUAGAUGAGAUUAGAAUAUAAAUGCAGCGACAUUCUCUGUCGAACUUGUUGUUCAUAACGUUCGAGUUUUCCUCGGAAAAUCUCUUUGUCAAGAAAAUCGUACCAUCAGCCAAGUGUGUAUGCGUAAACACGCGUGUUCAAAUUUGAGAGGGCGAAUUGCGAAUGCAAAUUGCAAACGCCAAGUUGAGUACCUCUUUGUUACGUGCGACAAUGAAUGCAGCUCGUGUCAGGUGCGUCAAAUCGCUACACACAGGUACGAAAACCGUUACAAACGCGCGUUGGAAGCUGUUAUUUCUCCGGCCUAUGCAAGCAAAGAUUAUAUGCGGGAUAGAGACAAUAAAGCGCAUAAGUUAUAGGGGUUCCCACCACGACUGUCAGUGUACGUCUGAACGCGCAGGCGACAUUGUUUUGCGACUCGCGGCUCUUAUUGUCCUACCCUACCGCGCAUUAAAGCACCCUUCGGUUGCGUAUUCCGCUUCGUAAAAAACAUGUAAAUUAAAAGAGAUCGACGAAAUUUUAUUUUGUAAAUUAACGUUGCGCUCGGAAAUAAUUUAUCGCUUCUUUGCAAAAUGCCGAAAGGAUUUAUAAUCCUUCUCCUCUUUCUAAACUUUGAGCUUUAAUUCGGGAACUUUAAUUCGGUUUUGCGCGAUAUCUUUAAUUUCGAAUCGUCGAAACGAGAGGAUUGCGUUUAAACAUUUCUCAAUUUUUUUCACUAGAUUGAGAACUCAAUUUCACAAAAUAGAUUCUUGUCAAUUCAUUUCAACGCGCCUUAUUUCUUGUACUUUGUAGAAAAUAUAAGUAAAAUUUGGCUUGUCACGGUAUAUAAUUCCAUCUUCGAUAUAUAUCUUUGUGAAGGAGGAAACUGAGAAACGUUGAUGAAACCGUCAGCGAUGUCCGUCAUUAGGAAAAUUUUAACACAUAACAGAGAUGGAUGAGAAUAAAAGAAAUGUCACUGAUAUGCCUUAUCCUCAGUGGACUGUUGCAAAGUCUCGGCGUUCUCUCAUGAUUAAUGUUCGAUCGCCCAAGAGCAGCCUGCGCAACAGCAGGUUCGAUCCUAUGAAGACCGACAUAGUGAUGCCCGAAAUGCUGGCACCCGUCGUGCCCCCGUCAGAUACCUUCAAUCCUUCCACCGAUAGUCUGCACGCGGCCAUGAGACCAAUUAUUAUGCUGGCCCAAUGCUUCUCCAUGUUUCCGGUGUGCGGUGUCAAUAAGCCGGACGCCUCGUACCUUCGAUUUACAUGGCGCAAUCCGAAAAUCUUGUACACGCUAAUCAGUUUUCUGGGGGUGUCGCUCGUGUCGAUUGGCAACAUCCUGCGUUUGUUUUUAUCGGGGUUAAAUUCUACAAAAAUGACGACUUUCGUUUUCUACGUCACGGCCAUGGUGACCACCAUCAUGUUCGUACGGCUGGCGAUGCAGUGGCCUUGUCUAGCGUUAACUUGGGAAAAACUGGAACGCGAAUUCACUUCGAGACAUCGGCGGAUUUCGAAGACCACUCUCGCAAUUCGUUUCAAAAUCGUAACCGCCGUUGUCAUGUUACUCGCGUUAGUGGAACACAGUGCCGCUGUGCUUUCUGCGUACAUCAGUGCAAUCGAAUGCGCAGCGUAUCGCGGUGAAACGGACGUUGUCGGUACUUAUUUUCAAUCGCAAUUCCCUCAGAUCUUCACAAUAAUAUCCUACAGUCUUUGGAAGGGGAUCAUGGUUGAAUCUAUAAAUAUCCUCAGCACAUUCUCGUGGAACUUCGUCGAUCUGUUUCUUAUUCUUAUCAGCAUAGCUUUGGCGGACCAGUUCAGGCAACUAAACAGUCGCCUCUAUUCGAUACGGGGAAAGGCGAUGCCAGAAUGGUGGUGGGCCGAAGCCAGGAGUGACUAUAAUCACUUGGCGACUCUUACGCGCAGAGUGGACUGUCACAUCUCGAGCAUCGUGCUUCUGUCCUUUGCUACAGAUUUGUACUUCAUCUGUAUCCAAUUGCUGUUUUCCUUCAACCCAAUACGCGGUAUCGUGCGGAAGAUCUACUUUUGCUUUUCCUUCGGCUUUCUGUUGGCGAGGACAACAGCGGUAUCCCUGUACGCAGCUUCCGUUCAUGACGAGUCCCGUCUGCCGGCACCGAUUUUGUACAGCGUCUCUGGUUCUAGUUACAGCAACGAGGUCUCAAGAUUCUUGACGCAAGUAACGACGGAUAAUAUCAGUUUGACAGGAAUGAAAUUUUUCUCCGUGACGAGAGGCCUUGUGUUAACCGUUGCUGGAACCAUCGUGACUUAUGAACUGGUUCUGGUACAAUUCAACUCCGUCCAGCAAGUCGACCAGUCGAAUAUAACGAACGUUUGCGAGUCUUUCCAGAUGUAUUAAUCCGAUAUACUCUGGAGGAAAGCUCUGGAAAAAGGAUGUUUCACCAGCGUUAAAUUUAAUAUUAUUGUUUUAUAAGACAAUAUAUAUACCGCACUUCUACAUUAGAUGCGGAGAACACAUCGUCAUCUACAGGAAUUGAUCAAAGGCACAUACAAAUAUUUUUAUCUGUUUAUGAUCUAUAUUGCAAUAAUUUUGUAUAAACGUUAUCUGUGAUUCUGUGAACGAUAAACUAAAAAUAUUUAAAUAUAAUGGUUAAGAAUCUUGUACAGAAUAUAUAUUAUUUUUUAAAGAUAUAUAUUUACGUAGAAAUAGUAUCAGAGAUUGAAAGAUAUUAUUAAAACUUAAAGCACAUUGAAUCUUUAAUACCUGAAUGCAAAUGUA